GCGUUGCGAAGAUGCCUGAUGACCCACUAACAUAUUACCAGACCAUCAUCGGAAUCAUUGAAUUCAUCGAGGUUGCGAUUCAUACAAUCUUGUAUGUUCGGCAAGUUUACCCAGCGGACCUGUUCGUCCGUCGGAAGAAAUACGAUACUCCUGUAUAUCAAUCUCGUCACCCUGUUCUGAACGAAUACAUCUCCGGUGCCAUGAGAGCGGUGGGAGAUGAGAUUAUAUCGGGAACCAUUGACAAGGUUAUCUUGGUAAUUAAAGAUAAAGACGAGGUUGCACUCGAGCGUUUUAUCUUCAGCAUCGAGAAAAUCUUGAAUAUCGAGGGUUACAACACCGAUGUCGGUGUCGAGAGUGCAAUGUCUCCGACUACUUUGGGACAAUACUUUCGAUCGUUCCUGAUCAAAUUGAGUAUGAUAGAAGCUCAGUUGGGCCAGCUCGAGCUUGGUGACAAUACGUCGUUCGCGAUUAUUCUAGAAUGCAAGGAGGGCAAGGUGCCGGGUGCAUCCGAAGAGAAGAAUGACCCACCGCCAUGGAUACCUGCGAAUAUUGAGCAUACGACAGCUGCUUCACCGGAGCUCUCAGAAGUCCACUUGGUUCGAGCGGUCGAUACUGGAAUAGUUAAUUUGUCUCUAGUAGUCCAGGAGUCCGGCGAGAAACUGCGCAGGAUGCAACCAGAGCCGGAGUAUCUCCCUGUAGGCGAAGGGAAAGAGGGGACAG